UUCCUCUGUUGAGUAAAAGCAUUGUAUGUAUCUGAGUGAUUUGGACUAAAAGACUUUAUUUAUUUAAGUAACUAUGCAAGCCAAAUGUUGGAUUAAAUUACCAGACACAAGGACCAGAACUACCUCGAGAGGUCUGAUUGCAACUAUUGUUGUUCUCUUUUUUGCUGUGUUAUGCUGCUUGUCACUUCUGGUCAUUUUACUGCAGCAAAUAAGAGAUCUACGGAGUGAACUGGCAAAAGUCCACAAACAACUUAAUGUUUUUAGCAAGAGGGCAAGGGUAAAUCUUGAGGAUGAUUCAGUGGAACAUGAACAAGAAAUGGAAGAUCUGUCCGAAAAUUUGAAAAAUAGCUAUAAUGCCAAAUCCCAAACAAAAGAGCAGUUAACUGGACUGAAUGAGAAGAGCUAUGAUCUCAGGAGCAUUUCAAGGAAAAGGAGGGAUGUAAGAUCCUGUGAAAGACAGAUAUCAUUCCUCCAGCUGAUUCCUAAUGCUAGGGAAAGCAUAAUUCUUCAAGCAGAAGAUUCAACCUUUAUUCCUUGGAUUGUGUCUUCAAAGAAGGGUGAGGCACUGGAGGCAAUUUCCAAUAAAAUAGUUGUGAGAGAAAGUGGUUAUUACACUGUGUACAGUCAGGUUCUUUACUAUGAUAACUGCAUGGCCAUGGGUCAUGUAGUCCAGAAGAGGAAGGCUAAUGUUGUUGGGAAUGAACAAUCUGUACUGACGCUAUUUCGCUGCAUUCAAAACAUGCCAAACAGUUCAGCCAGUAAUACCUGUUUCACCGCUGGAAUUGUGAAUCUUGAUCAAGGGGAUGAGCUGGAACUCCUGUUACCAUCCCGACCCAAUGCCAACAUCUCCAUGGAGAAAGAUUCAACAUUUUUUGGUGCUAUUCAAUUAUUACGAUGAGAUGCAUGCUUGUAUAUUUCGCCUAAUUUUCAAGAUUAACUUUAUAAUCAAAAGACACCAGCGUCAUUAAUCAAGCAGUUGGAUUUAUCUGCUAUCAUCACAGGUUGUGAUAUAUUUAUGGUACUAGGAUCUGCCAUUGUCCCUCACUUUCUAAGUUAUUUCACAAUCAAUUUAAUUGCAUAUUGCUUUGGAUGAAAUCUAAUGCUGUUCAGGUCCUUGUGUUUUAUAUUUUUCACUGUCUGGAAAAUAAAUUGUUACUUGCUUUCAUAAACCUAGCUUCCCAAUGCCACCAGUUUCUUUUGCAUGUGAUUUCUUGCAAGACCUUCGCAAAGUCAUGGCAAUAUUGUUCUAAUGAACUACAAGUCAAGUACAUCAUGGACAAAACAGGUAAUCAUCCUGGGAUUUCUCCAAUAUUUCACAUGGCUGUGAGGACUGAGAGAGUUAAUGGGAUCUUUAAGGAGAAACAGACCGUUCCUCAGGUUAAACAUUUCAGUGGCUCUCUUUUACAGUGUUCUGAGAAAAUGUACUGUACAUUUUGCGCGUGUAAUAUGUUGCACAGAUAAAAUGGAAAAUAUUGCAAAUAUUUUAGGCACAGCAAAAGCAAGGAUCUAGAAAAACUCUGCAUCAUGUGAAUCAAAAACUGUCUAUCACAUGUAACAUGACAAUAAGUUUUGAUACAAUUUACAUCAGCAACAUCAGUCAGCUGUGCAUCCAAUAUCCAGCAUGGGAUGAGCAGAAUUACCAAGUAAGGAUUGGAUAGACAAAAGUUGUUGAUAAUCUCUUUUUCCUGGCCACUGACUCUAUCCCUCUUCCCAGAAACUGUCUGUGCUGGAUUUGCUACAUUUGAUCUGAGUAUAUGCCUCUCAUCAAAUAUCUGCAUCACUAGUAAGGCUAAUAUAAAAUCAAAACACAGCCUCUCCAGAGAUCUGAAAUAAAACAGGAAGUUCUAGAAAAAUUCAACAGGUCUGGCAGCAUCUUUGUAGGGAAAAAUAGAGUUAAUGUUUCGAGUUCAAUGAAUCUUCUUCAGACCCAGACAGCCCACUUCCAUCUUUGUAACAUUUCCAAAAUCUGUUGCUGCCUCAUCUUAACUUCACCUACAACACUGUUACUCUUCACUCUAUUUAUUCCAAUAAUUUUGUGGCUGACCUCUCAUCUUCAUAUAACUUCGAGCUCAUCCGAAAGUCUGUUGUCCAUGUCCUAACUUGCACUGUGUUCAGUUCACACGUCACUCACAACUUUCCACAAUAUCUACAUUCUUCCAAUUGUACCACCGAUGCAUUCAUAAUUUUAGUCAGUCCACCAUUGUUAAUCAUGCCUUCAACUAUCAAUGCUCUAUGAUCUGCAAAUUCACAUUCUAUAUUGCUCUAUCUCUCGUGUUUCUUUAAGAUGCUCUAUUGUAGGCAAUAUAAACAGUAAAAGGGGAGUAAGAGGAGGAAUGGAUCCAAUUAGGGACUAACCAUGGGAUUUAUGAAUGGAUGUGGGAGGUAACACUGAAGUAUUAAGUGAAUAUUUGAUACCUAUUUUUAGCAAGGAUGAAGAAGCACUCAGCUGAUGCUGAUUGAGGACGCAGCUGAGGCAUAUGAAUUUGAUAAGGAAAUUGUAUUGGAUAGGCUUAAAGACAGGUUGAAUUGCAUCCAAAGAUACUGCAGGAAGUUAAAGUGGAAGUUGCAGAAGCACUGACCAUCAUCUUCAGAAUGGUAAGCAAGAAUAGGAGUCAUGCAAUGGACAGCAGCAACAUAUGAUACAAAAUUAGCUAAAUAUAGUAAACAAACAGUGGUGUGAAUAGUUUUUUUUGGGCUGGAGGAAGAUUUAUUGCAGAGGUCUGUAGGUAUCAGUGUUAGAUCCUUGCUUUCCUGAUAUAUAUUCAUGACAUUGACAUUAAUGUACCAGGCACAAUGAUAAAAUGUGCAGAUGACAAGUAUUUGUACGCAUUAAGAACUGGGAAGAUAGUACAGAAUUUUAAA